AACACCAGCUGUGCGCUCAAUAACUUAUCACCCAGCCCUAAGGCCUCCCAUCACUAAAAGAGACUGUGAACAAAGUGAAACGCAAAAAAAAUUUCAUCUGUUUUCUCAAGCACUUAAUUCGAAACCCUCAAAAGUAUAUCAUGGGAAGAAAGAAUGACAAGUACAAGAAAGGUGGGCAGGAGAGCGCCGCAGCACCAGAGCCGCAGCAACAGCAACCGCAACAACAACAACGGCAGCAACAACCGCUGCAGCAGCAACAGCAAAACCAACAAGGUUUGGAACAACAGCCAUCCACAAGCUCAGGCGGAGGCCAAAAGCAGAAAUUCCAAGGAUGGACAGGACAGAAAACACAAGGCCAGGCUCGGGAUGGCUCAGGUUACCAACAGCAAGGACAAUGGCGGCCUGCACAAGGUCAACAACGUGGCCAACAGCAAGGGCAAGAGGGUGGCUACCAACAGCGUCCGCCUGCACAACAACAAGGUGGCCACCAGCAGGGACCACAAGGAUGGCCUGCACAGGGUCAAAAAGGUGGCUAUCAGCAAGGAGGACAACGACAAUAUGGUGGCUAUCAGCAAGGUCAGGGAGGAUACCAAACCCAGAGCCAAGGCCAAUACCAAUCUCGUGGACCACCUCAGCAACAGCCAUCCACAAGCUCAGGCGGAGGCCAAAAGCAGAAAUUCCAAGGAUGGGCAGGACAGAAAACACAAGGCCAGGCUCGGGAUGGCUCAGUUGACCAACAGCAAGGACAAUGGCGGCCUGCACAAGGUCCACAACGUGGCCAACAGCAAGGGCAAGAGGGUGGCUACCAACAGCGUCCGCCUGCACAACAACAAGGUGGCCACCAGCAGGGACCACAAGGACGGCCUGCUCAGGGUCAAAAAGGUGGCUAUCAGCAAGGUCAGGGAGGAUACCAAACCCAGAGCCAAGGCCAAUACCAAUCUCGUGGACCACCUCAGCAACAGCAGGCUGCCCCAUUACCAUUACCGCCUCAGCCAGAAGGGAGUAUUAAGCGGGGAACAAUCGGCCGACCCGGGCAAGUAGCCAUCAACUAUCUGGACCUUGACAUGUCCAAAAUGCCUUCUGUGGCAUACCACUAUGACGUGAAGAUCAUGCCAGAGCGCCCCACAAAGUUUUACAGGCAGGCAUUUGAACAAUUUCGCAUGGACCAAUUGGGCGGUGCAAUUCUUGCCUUUGAUGGCAAAGCCUCUUGCUACUCGGUGGAUAAGCUGCCGUUGAAUACCCAAAAUCCGGAAGUGACUGUGACAGAUCGUAAUGGUCGUACCUUGCGCUACACUAUCGAAAUCAAGGAGACUGCUGACUCGAACAUUGACCUUAAAUCGUUAACUACUUAUAUGAAAGACCGAAUUUUCGACAAGCCCAUGCGAGCAAUGCAGUGCUUGGAGGUUGUGUUGGCUUCACCCUGCUACAAGAAAUCCAUUCGUGUUGGUCGUUCCUUCUUUAAGAUGUCCGAUCCUGGUGAAAGUUACGAUCUGAAAGAUGGAUACGAGGCCCUGGUCGGUCUUUAUCAGGCUUUUAUGCUGGGCGAUAGGCCAUUUUUAAAUGUAGAUAUAUCGCACAAAUCCUUUCCGAUGCCCAUUCCGAUGAUCCAAUAUUUGGAGGAAUUUAGUUUAAAUGGAAAAAUCAACAAUACAACAAAUUUGGAAUAUUCGCGACGCUUCCUUGAGCCGUUCCUCAGAGGAAUCAAUGUGGUUUACACGCCUCCUAAGUCGUUUCAAAGCGCUCCAAGGGUAUACCGUGUAAAUGGACUUUCUCGUGCCCCGGCCAACAGUGAGGUCUUCGAACACGAUGGGAAGAAGGUCACCAUUGCGUCCUACUUCCACAGUCGCAACUACCCAUUGAAGUAUCCCCAACUUCAUUGCUUGAACGUUGGAUCUUCAGUAAAGAGUGUUAUGCUGCCCAUCGAGCUAUGCAGCAUCGAGGAAGGUCAGGCCCUAAACCGCAAGGAUGGAGCAAGACAGGUAUCCGAAAUGAUAAGGUUCGCAGCCACAUCGACGAACGUGCGAAAGGGCAAGAUCAUGAAGUUGAUGAAAUACUUCCAGCACAACCUGGAUCCGACCAUCAGUCGUUUUGGCAUCCGCAUUGCCAACGAUUUUAUUGUGGUCAGCACCCGCACCUUAAACCCACCUCAGGUUGAAUAUCAUAAUAAGAAGUUCAGUCUGGUGAAUAAGGGGUCGUGGCGCAUGGAUAAUAUGCAGUUUCUGCAGCCGAAGAACGUGGCGCACAAGUGGACGGUCUUGUAUUGUGAUUCGAGGAGUGGUGGUCACAAAAUAUCCUAUAACCAGAUAAAUGACUUCGGGCGAAAAAUAUUAUCCCAAAGCAAGGCAUUCAAUAUAAGCUUGGAUCCUGAGGUGUCUAUCAGACCGUUCACGGAAGACGAGCGCAGCCUAGACACUGUUUUCGCGGAUCUGAAGCGCAGCCAUUACGAUCUGGCAAUUGUGAUUAUUCCUCAGUCUAGAAUUUCUUACGAUACAAUUAAACAGAAGGCCGAGCUACAGCAUGGGAUUUUGACGCAGUGCGUUAAGCAGUUCACCGUGGAAAGAAAGUGUAACGAUCAGACGAUUGGAAAUAUUCUACUUAAGGUCAACUCCAAGCUGAACGGCAUCAACCACAAGAUCAAGGAUGAUCCUCGACUGCCGAUGCUGGUGAACACCAUGUACAUGGGAGCCGAUGUGACCCAUCCCUCUCCCGAUCAGCGCGAGAUUCCCAGUGUGGUCGGCGUAGCAGCCUCACACGAUCCCUACGGAGCUAGUUAUAACAUGCAAUAUCGUUUGCAGCGAGGGACUUUGGAGGAGAUCGAGGACAUGUACACAGUAACUUUGGAGCACUUGCGCGUGUAUAAGGAGUACCGUAACGCCUACCCUGAUCAUAUCCUCUAUUACCGAGAUGGCGUGAGCGACGGCCAGUUUCCGAAAAUCAAAAACGAGGAACUGAGGCAUAUUAGACAAGCCUGUGACAAGGUGGGCUGUACACCUAAGAUUUGCUGCGUGAUUGUGGUGAAGCGUCAUCACACUCGCUUCUUUCCCAGCGGCGUCGAAACGCCAUCGAACAGGUUCAACAACGUGGACCCCGGUACCGUGGUCGAUCGCACCAUUGUGCAUCCCAACGAGAUGCAGUUCUUCAUGGUCAGCCACCAGGCCAUCCAGGGCACAGCCAAGCCAACACGAUACAAUGUGAUCGAGAACACAGGCAAUCUUGACAUCGACUUGUUGCAGCAGUUGACCUACAACCUGUGCCACAUGUUCCCUCGUUGCAAUCGCUCGGUCUCGUAUCCGGCCCCGGCCUAUCUAGCUCAUUUGGUAGCUGCUCGCGGACGCGUUUAUCUGACUGGCACCCACAGGUUUCUGGAUUUGAAGAAGGAGUACGCAAAGCGCACGAUUGUUCCCGAAUUCAUGAAGAAAAACCCCAUGUACUUUGUCUGAGCAACUUAUUGAAUCUUAUUUUUCAUCCUUUUAUUAUCACAUUUCUUAAACCAUAUUACAAAUAUAAAUUAUGUAAAGGAGUGUCUCUUUUGAUUCCAUGAUGAGCUAAGAUUUUAAAAGCCACCUUGAGAUGGUCCGCCAAAUAUUGUUCUACGUUACAUUUUUAUCAAUUUGUUUGUGGCAUUUUAGAACCUCAAAAGGGUUGGUAAGCUUAUAAUGGAUUCAACAGAGCAAUCUUCUUUUUUUAGGCAUAUUCAUCAACAUUAAAUAAUAUUAAAAUUAAAAGCUCA